AUGUUAUCCUUCCAAUCUCCCCAUCGGCUUUGUAUUAUAUUCAUUUCCAUAUGGAUCACACAAGUUGCUUUUACACUCUCACAAACAGCUACCGUUAAAUGUACAUACGCAUUUGGUAUUUUAUCGCCUGCAUAUUUUGCAGCUUGCCGCGAUGAUGAUGCAAACGCAUGGGUUUGCCCAACAGCCAGUUGCCAAAGAGAUGGUUCUAGAUGGGUACCAAUGAAGAACUGUACAAUCAAGAAGAAUGGUGAUGGCACGAGUGAUCAACAAUGUACUCGGUACGUCAAUCACUUGAACGGCAAUUAUGUAUGUACCAACUCGGGUGGUCACACGUACCUUUGCCCUUAUAAACCAGAGAAUGUUCCCUACAUUACUUGUACAGAGUGCACAAAAUCAAAGCCACCACCGGUCUGA